UUCUCCUCUAUAUUCCUAUACGUAUGCGCGUAUGUGACACCUUCUCGGUAUAUGUGUGUAUGUAUGUAUGUGUGUGUGCACUCUGAUUCUCUCUUUAUGUGUAUGUGUGCGUGUUUCCUCUCACUUUUCAGCCAUUUGUUCAUUCUUCUCUGUAUACACGCAGGACGCGCAUAGGUAUAUAUAUAUAUGUACGUAUAUAUACUAUAAUAUAUGUAUGUAUGUGUAAGAAUAUAUUUAUAUAUAUGUUGACCACGACUGAAUAAUAAGGCCAUUACAAUAUUUUACUGAGCUUGAAAAAUAUUGCAAUAAGCAGUGAUGGCCGACGAUUUUGAUGUUGAAGCUAUGCUGGAAGCUCCUUAUAGGAAAGAAGAUGACGUCGUCAAAACUGAUGGAAGAGCUGACAAAGAGAGAAGACGUCGGAAGAGCCGAAGUUCUAGCCGCAGUCGGAGUACAAGUCCUGUAAAGCACCGAAGCGAGUCCUCCCUAUGGGCCUGGCCCACGAUGGAAGCACUCACAUGUACUAGAACCUCUUCGAACUUCAGUGUUCACCGUCACCGUUGCACCAAUGUAAGUAGACUUGAUACAAAUAAAUCAUUAUUAUUUAUUUAUUGUCACCUUUCAGCUAAUAGUUUGUCUUGUAACAGCAGUGCAAUGACAUCUGUUGUUCUCUGUUUUUUGAUAAAUGCUGCCUGACCAGAAUUAUGGAUG